AUGGCCAAGCUAGCCAACGUUUCCAAGGACGACAUGAUCAUCGCUGUCAUGGGAUGUACAGGCUGUGGGAAAACUAACUUCAUCGCAAAGGCCUCUGGCCAUGGAGCACAAUAUGUGAACGCAAACUUGCGGCCACAACCUCCAAAUCUUCGAACCUUUACCACUACCCAUCCAACGACGGGAAGACGCGUCGUCUUUGUCGAUACCCCCGGUUUCGACGACACAACAGUUUCUGAUGCCGAAACUCUCUCUCUUAUCGCUGACUGGCUCAUCCUACUCAAGAAACAGGGAGCCCGCGUCAGUGGUGUCCUCUACCUUCAUCCUAUCACCAAUAAUCGCAUCUCGUACCCAGCACGGGAAAACAUCGAAACUUUCGUUCGACUUUGCGGCACAGAAGCUAUGCCCAAUGUCAUCUUGGUGACAACGAUGUGGGACGAAAUUGCCGACAAGACGAUGGCAAACAACCGCGAGGAGGAAUUGAAGCGGGAUUUCUGGGACCGCAUGCUCAGGGAUGGAGGGGCAGCGAAGAGGUUUAUGAACACCUCUGAAUCCGCUUGGGACGUCUUGAGAGAACUACCAGAGACUCCGGUCUCUCUUCAAAUGGAGUAUGAACUGGAAAAAGGAGGAAACAGAGUUCACAAGACAUCAGCGCACAAACAUCUGAACAGCAGCAUGUCUCGCUGGAUUCACGACGUUAAGAGCGUCCUCUUCAAGAAAAAUACGCUCAGAUAG